GCGCGGUCUGAUUGCCCAAGAGAAAGGAAGGCGCUUCAGUUCCGGGUCAGGACCUUCUCCCGCCUACCUUGGCCACCGCCAUGGCGAGCAAUAGCGGCGCGGGGGCCGGGGCGGCCGCUGCGGCGGCGAAUCUGAAUGCGGUGAGGGAGACCAUGGACGUUCUGCUCGAGAUUUCAAGGAUUUUGAAUACUGGCUUAGAUAUGGAGACUCUGUCUAUUUGUGUGCGGCUUUGUGAACAAGGAAUUAACCCAGAAGCUUUAUCGUCAGUUAUUAAGGAACUUCGCAAGGCCACUGAAGCACUAAAGGCUGCUGAAAAUAUGACAAGCUGACUUUCUGGAAAAUCCUGAUGAGACGUCAAGCUCUGCAAGAAGUUUUGAAAAUCACAUUGUAGUCAAGAAUGUACAAAGAAAUUACUGCAUGCAGCAGUGUAAAAACAUUGUCCUUUUUAAAAGAAUUAUAAAACCAUAGCUUUAUGAAUCAAUGAAAAGUUGCUUACAGAAAGCACCAUCCAGAUGUGUUUACGUCACAUCUUUUUUAAACAGCUCUAAUACUUUGGCAUUGCAGUGUUCAUAUUUAUGUAUUCCUUAUUUAUAGCUGUGAUAGCUUUAAUGUCGUAGGCAGUCUGUCAGAUGUGCACAUCUGCUGUACCUGGUUAAAGUAUAAAGGAACCCAUCAGUGGUAAUGUAGUAGUUAUGACUUGUUUACAUUUCCAUUAUAAACUUUAAUUUUGAAUUAUUUAUGCAGAAUAACUGGAUUUAUUUUGUAUUGGGCUAAAAGUUGACAGAAUUUUAGCCACCAUUUGUGAAUUUUGAUUUAGGUUCAUUAUGUAUAUUAGAAUCUUGUUUUUUAUGAGCACAAAAAACAUUUGUAAUUUGCUCUUUAAGAAAGAAUAUUUAGUUUUUUAAACAUAAAAUUUGUCUGGCAGUUAAGAGUGUGAACCAGAUCAGUUUUGUAUUGUUAGAAAAAUAAAACUUUUAAGUACUUAGAUUUUAAAAGGAAUAACAGUACUUAGCUUAAUAUUAUUUAUCAUUUGAAUCAUUUAAAUUUAAUGAGAAUAUUAAUUGAGAAUGUUUUUCUAGGUCUUAUACUCAGAAAAUGACAGCAUAAAAAAUAAUAUGAAACAUUUCAAAAUGCAAAAUUGUUUUUUUAUUACAUAAAAAUAAUUUGAGUGCUUACCUAAUAUAUCCUGAGGGGUUAUCUAAUAGCUAAAUAGAUAACUAAUGGUUAUCUAAUUAUUAAACAGGAGAUGUCGUUCAACAAAUGCUACUAUUUUCUGAAGGAAUAAAGAUUUCCAGUUAUUAAACAAAAACUAAAUAAUCUUAUAUUCUGUAAUGUCUUUCCAAGAUCAUUUUUAUGUGCCAUUACUUUUACCCUGAAAGUUUUAAGCACUCAAAGUUUGAUUCAAAGUAAAUUUUAGAAAUUUAGGAUGAUAUUAAUUUGUUUCUGUAACAGAAUCUCAAUGGAAUAUUUUUUCCAAGACUAAUACAAAUUUAAUCUGGUUUUAUUUUUGUUUUAAACUUUGUUAGCUUCCAUUUACUCUUCAGUGGCAUUUUUUUGUUCUUCAGACAAAGUCAGAUGAUUUUAAUGAGGCUAGUAAUACUUAAAUGGCAACCUUCUGUACUGUUUAAAACAUCUAGUCUUUUGACCAUUUUGACUUUUCAGAUGCAUUCAUCUUUACCAAGUGCACCGGAAAUUGUAUUAUUGGGAGAACUAUUUGGAGACAGUAAGAACUUAUAAAGAUAAGUCAUUUGAUAACACAUACUACAAAUACUGCAUGUUACAUAUAAAAUCAUAAAGAGAACACGUUUGUUAAGCUCCAAAAUUUAUAUAUACUUUUAAGCUAUAAGAGGUAAUAGUUUUAUUUAUGACUUUGUAGAUUAAGUUAUUUACGUAUGAAACAAAGCAGGAAAAUAUAUUUAGAAGGAAGUAUGUUUACACAGGACUUCUUUCAUAUGUUACGUUUCUUAAAUGUAAACAUAUAUUUUUAAUGCAUACUUAAGUAAUAUUUAAGGAAACCAAACAAAGUAAUGAUACAAUCUCAGUGUAAUGCAUGUCGUCAUUGACAAAAAUAAAAUCAUUUUGGUGAUUAUUGGUAUACUUUUGAUUUAAUAAAUAUUUCUGUGACUUCAA